AUGCUCCUUUUCAAAGAAAAAAUCAAUUACAAGCUCCCCAACAGCAAUGGCUUCAAAGCGCAUCUUGACGCGCCCGCCUAUGAUCACAUCGGCGGGGUCAACCACGUUACCGUCAACAUCGCAGUCGACGAAGCUACCAUUGCAAACGGCUGCCUGGAAGUGGCUCGGGGCAGCCAUAAUAUGAAUGUCAAGCUGGGUCCCGGUGAGGGGGGUCGCAUUGCUGCAGACUGGGAGGCCAGCGCAGAUUGGGUCUGUCUCCCACUUGAGCCAGGCGACAUCGUGCUAUUUGGAAGUCACCUGGCCCACCGAAGUGCACCGAAUAAGACGGAUCACGGCCGCCCAAGUGUCUAUGCAACCUACUCUUGCAAGCAAGAUGGGACGGACUUGAGGGAAAGGUAUUACGCGGAUAGGAGAGUGACAUUCCCUCCACAUUAUAACAGAAAACCAGGGGAAUACUAUAGUGCUGGGAUGUUGACGUAUGGAUUUCAUUAUUUUGAGAAAUCGGCGACGAGAACUGAAAGGUUUCCUGGAGGUGAGGUGACUACUUCAACGUAA